CCAAUCACAACUCAUCCACAUUUCCAUACAGCUGUGUUUCUUUAUUUUACCCCUUUUAUUUUCUUUAAUUUUCCUUUUUUCACCCUAAUAUUUUUCAAAGCCUCACUAAUUAGUAAUUACUCAAUAAAUUAGUCCAAUUUCCCACCGCAACCAAUUAUACACGCACACAUUCUCAACCCCACAAGCUAUCUAACUAUUUAUAUUUUUCAUAACCAAGUAUAAUUAGACGAAUUUCCGAUAAUACCCCUCACUGAGUGAGUCGAUAUAAUUAUUCCCUUUCCUUUCCUCCAUCGACAUUCAUUUUCUUCAUACGACAAAAGAAGGAAGUAAAAAGAAGGCAUGGAUUCUAAAACAAAAUAUCUGCUUUUGUUCUCUCUCUGCAUCGCUUCAUCAUGGGCCGCCGACAUGUCCAUCAUAUCCUACGAUCGGGAGCACCACGGAGGGCCGGGCCCCCGGCCCGAAGACGAGGUUAUGUCGAUGUUCGAGGCGUGGCUGGUGAAGCACGGCCGCUCUUACAACGCCCUCGGCGAGAAGGAGAAGCGCUUCGAGAUCUUUAAGGAUAAUCUUCGUUACAUCGACGAGCAGAACUCGGCGGCGGACCGGUCGCACCGGCUCGGACUGAACCGGUUCGCCGAUCUGACCAACGAGGAGUAUCGGAAGACGUUCCUCGGCGUCAGGCCGGACGGAAAGCGGCGGCUUGCCGGCGCCAAAAGCGAUCGGUACGAGCCGAAGGUGGGGGAUAGCUUGCCGGACUCCGUUGACUGGAGAGAGAAAGGCGCCGUCGUCGGCGUUAAAGAUCAGGGGAGCUGUGGGAGUUGCUGGGCAUUCUCGACAAUUGCGGCGGUGGAGGGCAUAAACCAGAUAGUGACUGGUGACUUAAUCUCUCUUUCCGAGCAAGAGCUCGUGGAUUGUGACACGUCGUACAAUGAAGGCUGCAAUGGGGGUCUCAUGGACUAUGCUUUCGAGUUCAUCAUUAAAAACGGCGGCAUUGAUUCCGAAGAAGAUUACCCGUACAAAGCCAGGGAUGGCAGAUGUGACGUGAACAGGAAAAAUGCGAAAGUUGUAACGAUCGAUAGCUACGAGGACGUGCCUACAUAUAACGAGAAGGCCCUUCAGAAAGCAGUUGCCAACCAGCCAGUGGCUGUCGCCAUAGAGGCCGGUGGCAGGGACUUCCAACUCUAUGAAUCAGGCAUCUUCACGGGAAGAUGUGGGGUCCAGCUAGACCACGGAGUCGCCGCCGUAGGGUACGGCACGGAAAACGGAAAGGAUUAUUGGAUCGUCCGCAACUCGUGGGGGUCAUCGUGGGGUGAGAAGGGCUACAUACGAAUGGAGCGAAAUGUGGGGGCAAAAUCGGGCCUUUGUGGGAUAGCGGUUGAGGCUUCUUACCCGACUAAGACUGCGGAGAACCCGCCAAAUCCCGGGCCUUCCCCACCAUCUCCUGUGGCACCACCUUCUGUGUGUGACGAGUAUUAUUCGUGUCCGGAGAGUACCACUUGCUGCUGUGUUUAUGAGUAUGGUAAAUAUUGCUUUGCGUGGGGCUGCUGCCCGCUUGAAGGGGCCACUUGCUGUGAGGAUCAUUAUAGUUGCUGCCCGCACGAGUAUCCGGUUUGCAAUAUUAAUGCUGGCACGUGCUCAAUUAGUGAGGGUAAUCCGCUUGGGGUGAAGGCAAUGAAGCAUAUUCUUGCCAAGCCGAUUGCGAGUUUGGGCAAGGAUGGGAAAAGGAGCAGUGCUUGAGAAUUAUAUGUUAUCUGCAAAUCUCAAUCGACGGUGAAUGGGCAGAUUUCCUUAGUUGGAGCAAGUUAUUUUGGUACUCAAACUUUGAAAUGGUAUCUGAAUUGCACCUUGCUUGACUAAAUGCCUAUCAUCUUUCGUUGAGGGAAGGCUCCAAAUAAUGUUAAUGGUUAUAGUAAUGUUUGCGUCUGAACAUUCGAACAUGGUGAACAGCAAAAACUGAUUAAUGUGGUCUGAUUAUUGUAUAGUUUUACUUUCCAUUUUAGUAAUGAAGGACGCGGUGGCUUUCGUCAUCCCAGUCGGUAUCAACAAUUAAUGAUUGUGGUUUGGUUCAUAAAUUUGAAGAUGCUUUAGUAUUCUAUGCAUUAUUUCAAUUUCAACAGUAUAAAAAUCAUAGCAUAACUAGUUUCUAAUAUCUGUUCAUAAAGGUAAAAGUUGGUGGUAAUAUAAAAU